AACGAGGAAGUCGACGCAGUUUUUGCGCGUAUAAAUUCGUGCCGUUCGCGAGAGUGGCUACAGAUUACCAACGAGAAGAUGUACCGACUCCUGGCACUAGUGGUCGCCGUCCUCCUCGUGACGCCACACGCGUCUCUUGCCAAGAAGUUCACCCGUUGUGGAUUGGCGAAGGAGCUCAAGAAACAUGGCAUCAAGGACUUAAGAAACUGGGUGUGCCUGGCUGAAAGUGAGAGCGGGCUGAACUCCAAUGUAGUGGGAAGUGUAAACAGAGACGGAAGCCUAGACAAUGGAAUAUUCCAGAUCAACAACAGAUAUUGGUGUAAAAAUGGGCGCAAGGGUGGAGAUUGUAAUAUUAAGUGCGAAGACUUGAAGAAUGACAACAUUGCCGAUGAUAUUGGGUGCGCCAAGAAGAUUUACAAGCGUCAUGGCUUCAAUGCUUGGUACGGUUGGCGCAGUAAGUGCCAGUCGGGGCUACCCGACCUGUCCAAGUGCAGAAUCUGAAUAAAUCAAAGGAUUAUUCCACGCCUUUCAUAAUUUAUUCACAUAAAUCUUCUUUAUUGUGCAAGUGUAGGCCUACUUUAUUCAGGAUGGAGUGGAUAUGAACCCAAGUAAAGGAAUCGAGUGACAAGCCAAUAGCCAUGUUCAGUUUUUACUAACAAUUAAAUUACUUACGAAAUGUAGACGUGCAAUCAUGCACUAACGCCUGUGAAACACUUUAAACGUAACACUAUACUCGUACAAUCUAUUACUUUACGUUACUUAUAUUCUAAUUACGUUUAUUUUAAAAACAAAGGACAUGCGUGAAUGGAAUUGUCAAUCUAAGGUCAGUUUGUCCUUAGCUUAUUUGUUAAGCAUUGUUAGACUUAUGUCGACUCCAUAAACAAUGUAAACAAAGUAAAAAUACAAUCAUAUGUGUUGUCAGAA